AGUUUGUGCUCGACAACCAGCCAGUGCACUGACAAAGUACAAAUAAAUUUUUAUCAAAGUGUACACAUAGCUCAUUGACAUAUUAAUCAAACUUGAUAAUUAAUAUUAUUUAUUUAACAAGCUAAAAACAACAAUAUAAAUUAAUUUUCCUCGUUUAUACGUCAUAUUAUUUUCUACUCAUAACCCCAAAAUUAUCAUGACAAAUUAAAUCAAUUAAUAAUAAAAAUAGUGAAAAUUAAAAAUAGAAAAAAAAAUAUACAAAACAACCAACAAAUAUUUGUUGAAUUAUUUAUUUUUUUGCGAGCUAAUUAUUGUCUGUUAGUGAAAAAAAAAAUUCGUAGAAUAUUAGGAUAAAUAGAAAAUCGAUUUUGACAUUUCUCAGUGAAGAAGGUGAAGAAUGAGUUAUUGUUGUUUGACGAAGGUGGGAUUGGGUCGAGAGGUGGCUCACAAGGAUCAAUGCCACUCCAACCCAGUGGCCCAUUGAAUCUUUGAAAAAAAAAAAUUAUUAAAUAAUUCAACUUGGACCAGUCUAUUUUAGCAACAAAAAAAAAUUAUUUAAACAAUAUAACCAAAACAUUCUGCUUAAAGUGAAAAAGUCAAUUGUGUUUUUUUUUUUUUUUUUAUAAAAUUAAUAAGUGUCUAAUUUAAUUAAAAAAAAAAAUAAUUAAUUUUGUUUGACAAUGCUUGGAGUUUUGAAACGACGUUGGAAGCCCUCAAAAAGAGCUUCCAGUGGUUACGGUACUGAUUCACCCCUCAAUGCUGAUUUAACCCUCGACAAGGCUCGUCCAGUUCACUCCCCCAGACAAGUUCAUCCCUUGUAUGGUGAAAAAGCUGGACUCAAGGGUUACUAUGAUUCAGUCGGUAAUACGGAAAAUUUUCCACCAGCUCCAAAUAUUGUUGUUGAGGGUGGAAGAAUUGAGUUUGUUAGACCAUCACAUGAUGGCACUAUGUCAUCUAGAAAAAAUAUGAUUUCAAGAAGUUCACAAACAUUUAUUGAACAACCAGAAAAAACAGAUCCUGAUAAGGAUAUAUAUUUUGGGAAGCUACUACGAGGUCAGACAAGCAGGGUGGCAGCUCGUGUGCGUUGCUGGGGUGGAUCACCAGGCGGUGGGGUCUCACCCUCCGCAACAUCUGAACGGGGAUGUUCAAGCAACGAGUCAACCCCCCGGAUCGUCCAACCAUCAAAAACUCAUCGUCUCAUGGGCGCCAACCUAACUAAACUUAACAGGAAGGAGGUGACACAACGCGAUGUGGAGCGUGAACGACAACUUCGACUGGAGGCUGAGGCGAGGGUACGUGAGGCAACAACCGAGGCCGAACGAUCACGCACAAAAGUCCAUCAUCUUCAAUGUGAAUUGGCAAGGAUGGAAGAAUCAUCAAGAAAUAUGUUACAUCACAAGCAACUUGCUGAUCAGCUGAAACAAGAACGAACAACUUUAACACUAUCUUACGAGACAAAAUUACAUCAAUGUCAAAAUCAAAUAUCAAAAUUACAACUUGAAAAUGAAUCGAUGCGUGGACAGUUACGUGGUCUUGAAGCACUAGCAAGAGAUGCUGAUUCACAAAGAAAACAAUAUGAAAGAUGUCUUGAUGAUGUUGCUAAUCAAGUUGUUCGUGCUCUUCUAUCACAAAAAGGUUUAAGAGAAGAAAUUGGAGCAUUACAAAGAAGAAUACGUGAAUUAGAAACUCAAAAUCGUACAUUAACUGGUUUAUUAUCACAAACAAAUAAUAAUAGUAAUAAAAAUUCACCAAAUGAAUUAUUACAUAAUUUAUUAGAAGUUGGAUCAACAGCACUUGUUGCAACACUUGGUAUUGAUAAUAAUUGGUUACAAUUACAACGUCCACAUUCAUUAAAUUUAAAAAUACCAUUAAUACAAACAACAAAACAACAACGUACACGUAUACGUUAUCCAAUAACACAAAAAUUAUCAGAAGAAGAAGGUUCAGAAAGUCCAGAAAGUGGUAAUCGUGACGAGGGUUAUUCAACAAUGUCAUCAGAUGUACAAGCUGAUCAAUCUGGUCAUCGUCAUGAUCAAAAUAAUGAACAACAACAACAAAAUUAUUUACAACAAAAUUACUCACAACAACAACAACAACGUGGUCUUGAAGAUUUAAAAGAAGCUAAUGAUGAAACUGAAGCUGAUUUAUCAACAGAUUCACGUUUAAUAACACUUGAUAUUGGUGAUCCAGAUGUAUUAUUUUUACCAUUAAAUUUAACUGUUGGUUUUAAUCCACGUCACAGUUAUCCACCAUCUAAAGAACUUUUACCAUUUCAACAUAUUAUUAAAAGUUUUUCAGACAGUCAUUUGUGUUUAAAAUUAACAUCAUCAUCAACAGCAACAGCUACAACAGUAACAACAACAACAACAACAUCAGCAUCCUCAUCAUCAUCAUCACCAUUACCACAAUUUUGUAUUAAAAAAUUAAAUAAUAAUAAUAAUAAAUAUAAUAAUAAUAGUAAUAAUAGUGAUUCAUCAUCAUUGAUACUUGUUGAUGAUGAUAAUUGGGAUGCUGAAUAUGUACAACAAUGGUUACGUCUUGAUGAUACACGUACAGCACAACAAAAUCGUGAUUUACUUGAGCUUGAUUAUGAUAAAGCUGAACUUGAAGAUUGGAGUUUUUCAUUAUCAUCAAAUGAUGAUUUAAAAAAUGAUAUUAAUUAUGAUAAACAAAAAUUAAUAAUAAAUAAUAAUAAUAUACCAUUAUUACAAUUACCAUCAAUACGUGAACAUAAUAAUAAUAAUAAUAAUAAUAAUGUUGAACUUGAAGAAGAUUCAAAUGAAUGUUUAUGGAAUGGUUCAAGUUAUUUAGCUGAUCGUACUGGUAGUGAAUUGAUGGCAUUAUUAAUGGAUACAAGAACAUCUGGUCCAUGGCCGUAUGCAUCAAGUCCAGGUGUAUCAUGGAGUAGUGAUGAUGAUACAAAAUUAUUAGAUUAUUCAAGUAAAAGAUCAUCAGCAGCAUUAUCUGGUUGUAGUGAUGAUAAUGAAUCACCAUCAAUUGGUACUGAUUUUACACGUGAUUUUUAUCGUUUAGUUAAAUUUGAAAGUACAAAAAGUCUUGCUAGUAAUUCAUCAAAAAGUGGUAAUAAAUUACCACAAGAACGUGAACAAGCAUUACAAAGUGUAUUAAAUUUUAUUGCUGAACAACAAAUGUAUCUUGCUACUGAUUCUAGUAAAAUUAAUGAUGAUGAUAAUGAUGAUGUUUGUAUUGAUGAUAAUGCUAUUGUUGAAAUUGUACAUGACGAUGAAAUUAAUGAUUCAUUAGCUACAAAAACAACUGCUGCUAGUACUGCUACUACUGCUAGUACUACUGCUGCUGCUGAAAUUAAUAAUUUAAAUAAUUUUCAUGAAUGUGAUUUAAUUGAAGAUGAAAGAACAGAAUUAUAUUGUGGAUUAAGUGGUGUUUUAAAUGGUCCAUGUCUUGGUGAAUUAGUUGCUGUUCCAGAAGAAGAUGAAGAAGCUGCAACAUCAUCAACACCAAGUACAGUUGUUAGUCCAGAAAGAGCACCAAUGCUUGUUGAAGAAAAUGAUAGAGGUUUAAGUUUUCAUGAAAAAGCAACAUCAAAAGAUGUUAUAAAUGAAUUAAACAGAAUGAUUAGAAAAGGAGAAGAUGGACAAGCAAUACAAGAAAGAGUUGAAAUUGAUAAAUUAGAUCUUGCAUGUUGUUGUCCAACUGGAUGGGUUCACGUUGAACGUGAUAUCGACUUUACCGACCCAAAGGCUAGAGCAAAUUUACUUGACGUGAUGCUUGCAAGUAGUGAAAGUUCAUCAGCAACAUCAAGCAGUGGUUCUGCUGGUAGUGAUUCUGGUGAUGAACCACCAGAUUAUCGUCAUCUUCACAGAUUACACAGAUACAGAAGACAGAAGAAAGCAUCAGCUGUCCAGGCUCAUCGAGUACUACGGCUUCCAUCAAUUUGGGGUCCAACACGUCCAUCAAUUAUUGGACGUGGUGAAGAUUUUUUUGUUCGUUAUGGUGAUAAAGAAAGAGAAGCUGUUGCAUCAUUUGAUUUUCUUGAUGAUAUACCAGUAUCAUUACAAUCAACAUCACCACCAUCAUCAACAUCAUCAGGUGAACUUGAUAAAUUAUUGCCAAAAAUUGAUUUUAUGAAAGUCUCACCACUGUGAAUUAUUUAAAUACCAAAUAAUAUUUAACGAACAAAAACAAAUAUUAUUAUAUUAGUUGAUAAAUUUCUGGAGGAUUUAUACAGCAAUGAGCUUCCGGAAAAUUAAAUGAUAAAUAUUUAAAAAUAAACGUAUGAAUGAGUGAAAAUUUAAAGAAAAAAAAAAUUAAAAAUUAAGGUGAAUGGAAUUAUAAUUGAAUUAAUUAAAAAGUGAUGAAUCAUACAAUUUAAGAAUUUUUUUAUCAACUUUAUUAUACAUUUAGGGAAAAGGUUUAUAUAUUUUUUUUGUUUCUUUUUUGUUGGGAACAGUUGAGACAGGUAAAAUGAGAAAAAUUAUGAGAUAAUUUUACUUUUUUUUUGUAUUUAUUUUUGACGUAAUCAAUAUUGACAACGAAAUUAUUCAAAAUAAAGAAAAUAAUUUAUAUUUAAUUGUAUUUGUCAAUUAAGAUUUCAAAGUAAUUUAAAAAUAGUUGGUUAAUAAUUUAUGAAAAUAAAUAUUUGCCUGAAGUCAAUUCAACUUGUUCCCAAUUAUUUGGAAUAAAAACCAAAAGCGAUUAAAUGUCUGUGAAUAAUUAAAUGGUAGCUAAAAAAAAAAAUAAUCUACCAAAUAUUAUUAUUUCUUUUUUUAUUUGUUUAUUAUUAUCAUGAUAAUUAUCAUUUGAAAUUUUAAAAAAUAUAAAAUACAAAAAUAAAUCAAAAAUAUUAAAAAAAAAAGAUUAAAUAAAAUUAAAAAUUAAUUAUAAUAUUAUAAACGUAUUGAACAAUUGUUUAUAUAAAUUAUAUAAAUAUAUAUAUUUUUUUUUUAUUUAUAAAACGAUCAAAAUAUUUAUUUAAAAAGUUACUUAAUCUUUUUUUUUUUUUCUUUUGUAAUUACGCUUUGUAGUGAUGACUGAUUGAACCACAAACAAGACUAAAAAAAAAAGCUCAGAAAUAAUGUGCUAUUCUGAUUUUUUUUCCUCGCUUAAAAAUAAAAAAAAAAAAAAAAUUUGUCUCGAAAAUUAUAGUAUUUUUUUAUUUAAUUGAGUUGUGUUUUUUUUUUUUUUUUCUCUGAUUUUUUAUUAAAGACAAAUGUGUUUUUUGGAAAUUAAAAUAAAAAGGUACUAUUAUCGUAAAAUUAAUUGUGUAGAUGAAAAGAUGAAAUAAGGAGAUUGUAAAUAAAAUGUAAAAAAUAAAUUAUCUUCUUUCAGCAAACUUAAUAAAUAAUGACAAUAUAUAAAAUGAAAAAA